AUGCAGGAGUUGAUGCAUCUGAUUCAGCAGCAGCAGCAACCGCAACAGGACCAACAGUGGGAGCAGCGGGAACGGCAGAGGCAGCCCUCUCAACUGCGGCGACAGCGGGUCGCGCAGCAGCAGCAGCAGCAGCGGGUGGAGAACCCUCGGCCGCAGCCAACGACGACGGCGACAGCGCCCGAGCCCAGGCCAGCCUUUACGGCCGAGGGGUACCCCGCCCUGCCACAGGCCAGUGCGCCGGUGGAGGAUCUGUCCAGCUGGGCGGUCGUGGCGCGGCACCGCCCCCGCACGGCCCGGGAAGCGCCGACUGCCAGUGCGUCUCGUCCGCAGCAGCAGCAACAGCAGCAGCGCCCAUCGCAGCGGGGCUGGAGCAGCCGUCUCCAGCGUGAUGUCGUGAGGGUCGCGCCGGUAGAGGGCGAGUCGUACGCAUCGCUUUUUGCCAGAGUGCGGGGCAGCGAAGCGGUCAAGCUGGCCCAGCGGAGGGUACACCAGAGCUCCCAGGGCCACAUGCUUGUGGAGGUGCAACGGAGAGCUGAUGCAGCGGAGUGCGCCGCAACCAUCCGCGCGCUGGUUGGGGAGGCUGGCAACACCACCCUGCUAGGCCCGAAGGCGACGGUGAUCGCCAACGGCCUCGACCACGAGGCCACACCAGAGCUGGUGGCAGCGGGACUGUCGGCGCUGCUGCCAAAUGGCGAGGCCGUCGAUCCGGCCAGCGUGCACCUGCGGAUGCACUCCAACGCCACCCAGAAGGCGAACGUGGUGCUGCCCGCCCGGCUGGCGGCGCAGUUGGCGGAAAAGCGUCUCCUGCUGGGGAUGGCCAGCGUCAGGCUGCACGUGGCGGAGCCAGUCCCACUGACCGGGAUGCUCAACAUCAUUCAGCUGAACCUGCGCCACACGGGCGUUGCCCGGGACCUUGUGGUGCAGGCGAUGAGGGAGCGCCGCGCAGACGUCGCCCUGCUGUCGGACGUCGGGUCGCGGACAAGUUGGAUAGCCGAUGCUCGUGGCUGGGCCGCCAUCGCACCCGGUAGCCGGCACCCAGUCCAGCAGGUGCUGUGCACCUCUGUCCCCGGCUUGGCAGCAGCAGUGAUGCGGGGUGUUACCCUCAUCAGCUGCUACGCGCCUCCAUCCCUGAGCAUGGAGCAGUUCGAGGACCUGCUGCAGGGUGUGGAACUCCUGGCCCAAAACAGCUCCCGUUGCGUUGUCGGGGGCGAUUUCAACGCUUGGGCCACGGAGUGGGGCAGCCGGAUGCUCAACGCCAGGGGAGCAAGGCUGCUGCAGUUGGCCGAUCGGAUGGGUCUGCGAGUGCUGAACCGGGGCAACACCCCGACGUUCCUGGGCGCAG